CGAACAACAUUGAUACAGAGAAGAAGAAGGAGCCGUCAUGGCUCAGAUUGUCUGAUAGCUUUUGAGUCGCUUUACGUUAAAUUCUGUUUAAAGUGCAUCGUUCAGGAUAACCACGAUCAGUUUCAUGAGACCGAAUAACAACAAUACACCAAGCUAAGUAAUGUCACCCACUUAACCUGCUGUGAAUUUGACUUGUGCCUGUUAGUCAAGAUGAAUCGUCCAAAGCCUACAACUCUCAGGCGCCCCAGUGCUGCGAAACCAUCAGGUCACCCUCCACCAGGAGAUUUCAUUGCUCUGGGAUCAAAGAGCCAGGGUGGAGAGACCAAAGCCCCCGCUGUCUUGCUGAAGCCAGCAUCCACAAGUUUACCUGCUGACCGUAAGAGAGAGACUUCCUCCACUCUGCCCUCCUCAUCGGGUCUGUCCAGCCUCACCAAGCGGCCCAAACUAUCCACCACCCCUCCAGUCAGUGCUCUGGUACGACUCGCUGAUGUCGCAGCUGUGGACAAGAGGGCGAUAUCACCCUCAAUAAAGGAGCCAUCGGUGAUCCCUAUUGAAGUGUCACCGGCAGUGCUGCUGGAUGAGAUUGAAGCUGCAGAGUCUGAAGGAAAUGAUGACCGCAUUGAGGGACUGCUGUGUGGAGCAGUGAAACAACUCAAGAUGAACCGAGCCAAGCCUGACAUAACCCUGUACCUCAGUCUCAUGUUCCUGGCAAAAAUCAGGCCUAACGUUUUUGCUACUGAAGGAAUUAUUGAGGCCUUGUGCAGCCUCCUGCGUCGGGAUGCUUCCAUCAACUUUAAAGCGAAGGGCAACAGUCUUGUGUCUGUUCUUGCUUGCAAUCUGCUGAUGGCAGCCUACGAGGACGACGAGAACUGGCCAGAGAUCUUUGUAAAAGUGUACAUUGAGGACUCUCUUGGAGAAAGAAUCUGGGUGGACAGUUCUCACUGUAAGAAUUUUGUUGACAACAUCCAGACUGCUUUUGGGACAAAGAUGCCCCCUAAGAGUAUGCUGCUGCAGGCUGACACUGGCCGCUCUGGUGGAGAUCUCAGUGCAGGUAGCAGCCCUCAUCCCUCAACCCCCGAUGAGGACGACAGCCAGACUGAGUUGCUGAUAGCUGAGGAGAAACUCAGCCCUGAGGAUGAAGGGCAGAUUAUGCCGAGGUAUGAAGAACUGGCAGAGAGCGUGGAGGACUAUGUGCUCGACGUCCUCAGGGAUCAGUUGAACCGCAGGCAGCCGAUGGACAACGUGUCCCGAAACCUGCUGCGUCUGCUCACGGCCACGUGUGGCUACAAAGAGGCACGGCUCAUGGCUGUGCAGAGGCUGGAGAUGUGGCUCCAGAACCCAAAGCUGACUCGACCAGCUCAAGACCUCCUCAUGUCUUUGUGUAUGAACUGCAACACCCAGGGAUCGGAUGACAUGGAGGUGAUCUCCAACCUGAUCAAGAUCCGACUCAAACCUAAAGUCCUCCUCAACCAAUACAUGCUGUGUGUCAGGGAGCUGCUCAACGCUAACAGAGACAACCUGGGCACCACUGUGAAGCUGGUGAUCUUCAAUGAGCUGUCCAAUGCCAGGAAUCCUAACAACAUGCAAGUCCUCCACACAGUGCUGCAGCACAGCCCAGAACAGGCUCCAAAGUUCUUGGCGAUGGUGUUCCAGGACCUGCUAACCAACAAGGAUGAUUACCUCCGUGCCUCCCGAGCCCUGCUGAGAGAGAUCAUCAAACAGACCAAGCACGAGAUUAACUUCCAGUCCUUCUGCUUUGGUUUAAUGCAGGAGAGAAAGGAGACCAGCUAUGUGGACAUGGAGUUCAAAGAGCGUUUUGUCAUCCAGGUUACAGAUUUACUGACUGUCUCCAUGAUGCUGGGCAUCACCGCUCAGGUCAAAGAAGCAGGCAUUGCGUGGGACAAAGGAGACAAUAAGAAUCUGGAGGGCCUGAGGUCGUUUCAGAAUCAGAUAGCUGCCAUCCAGAGAGAUGCUGUGUGGUGGCUUCACACCGUGGUUCCUACCAUCAGCAAAGUUGGCGCAAAAGACUACGUUCACUGCCUUCACAAAGUGCUGUUCACAGAGCAACCUGAGACAUAUUACAAGUGGGACAACUGGCCUCCAGAGAGUGACAGAAAUUUCUUCCUUCGCCUCUGCUCCGAGGUGCCUCUGUUGGAGGACACACUGAUGCGCAUUCUGGUAAUCGGGUUGUCACGUGAUUUGCCCCUGGGCCCAGCCGAUGCCAUGGAGCUCGCAGAUCACCUGGUUAAGAGGGCUGCUGGAGUUCAGUCUGAUGACCUGGAGGUCCUGAAAGUGGAGAGGAUCCAACUCAUUGAUGCAGUGCUGAAUCUGUGUACAUACCACCACCCAGAGAACAUUCAGCUGCCUGCAGGGUACCAACCGCCAAAUUUGGCUAUAUCCACACUGUAUUGGAAGGCAUGGCUGCUGCUGCUUGUGGUGGCUGCGUUUAAUCCUCAGAAAAUAGGUUUGGCUGCCUGGGAUGGCUAUCCUACUCUGAAAAUGCUCAUGGAGAUGGUUAUGACAAACAACUGCAACUACCCUCCAUGCACCAUUGCGGACGAGGACACAAAGACUGAGAUGAUCAACAGGGAACUGCAGAUCUCCCAGAGAGAGAAACAAGAGAUCCUGGCCUUUGAGAGCCACUUGGCAGCAGCCUCCACCAAACAGACCAUCACAGAGAGCAACAGCUUGCUGUUGUCUCAGCUCACCAGUCUGGAUCCACAGGGUCCUCCUCGUCGACCUCCUCCUCAGAUCCAGGAGCAGGUGAAAACCCUCAACCAGUCUCUGCGUCUGGGACAUCUCCUCUGCCGCAGCCGCAACCCAGACUUCCUCCUCAACAUCAUCCAGAGACAGGCUUCCUCUCAGUCCAUGCCGUGGUUGGCUGAUUUGGUCCAGUCCAGUGAGGGGUCCCUGGAUGUGCUUCCAGUGCAGUGCCUGUGUGAAUUCCUACUGCAUGAUGCUGCAGAUGACAGUCUGCCAAUAGAGGAUGACGAAGAGGGAGAGAGCAAAGAGCAGAAAGCCAAGAAGAGACAAAGACAGCAAAAGCAAAGGCAGCUACUUGAACGGCUCCAGGAUCUUUUGUUAGGUCCUAAGGCUGACGAACAGACAACAUGUGAAGUGCUGGACUACUUUCUGCGUCGUCUCAGCUCUUCUCAGGUGGCAUCGAGGGUCCUAGCCAUGAAGGGUUUGUCAUUGGUGCUGACUGAAGGAGGCUUGAAAGACGGAGAUGAGCGGGAUCAGCCCAUGGAAGAAGACUCUGCAGAUGCCGAGCUCUUGCCAGGGUACCAGUGGCUGCUACAAGAUCUCCCAAAACUCCCCUUGUUUGACAGCGUCAGGGGCAUGACAUCCACUGCUCUGCAGCAGGCUAUUCACAUGGAGACAGAUCCACAGACGAUCAGUGCCUAUCUCAUCUACCUAUCCCAGCAUGCACCAGUGGAGGAGCAGUCUUCUCAUAAUGAUCUGGCCCUGGUAACUACGGACGUUGCCCGGCUGAUCGUUGAGCGUUCUACCAUCAUGAACAGCCUGUUCUCCAAGCAUUCCUGCAGACCUGAGUCUGAUGCUGUGCUCAGUGCUUUCCUCACCAUCUUCUCUACAUACAUCAAGAGAAUGAGGAAGACCAAAGAGGGCGAGGAUCUUUACAGCUGGUCAGAAUCUCAGGACCAGGUGUUUCUGCGUUGGACCACAGGAGAGACUGCUACAAUGCACAUCCUUGUAGUCCAUGCCAUGGUUAUUCUGCUGACACUGGGGCCUCCCAAAGGAGAGAGUGAUUUCUACGCUCUUCUGGACAUUUGGUUCCCCGACAAGAAACCUCUACCCACUGCCUUCCUGGUUGACACCUCAGAAGAGGCCCUUCUGCUGCCUGAUUGGUUGAAACUGAGGAUGAUACGAUCAGAGGUGUCUCGAUUGGUUGAUGCAGCUUUACAAGACCUGGAGCCUCAGCAGCUGCUGCUGUUUGUACAGUCCUUUGGUAUUCCUGUAUCCAGCAUGAGUAAAUUGCUGCAGUACUUGGAUCAGGCUGUCUCUCAUGAUACACAGACGCUGGAACAGAACAUCAUGGACAAGCAUUACAUGGCCCACCUGGUUGAAGUGCAGCAUGAGCGAGGUGCCACUGGGGGGCACACCUUCCAUUCAUUACUGAGCUCCUCUCUUCCUCCACACAGAGAUUCUGCUGAAACAAGUAAGGCCAAAGUUACCGUGGAAACACCCCAUAGCUCUGUGAAGAUGAGAGCAGCCAGUCAGCUUCCUGCAGUCGGGCCUGAUGAUGAUCUCACUGGCAUGUUGCUUCAGAUAUUCCCCCUUAAAGUGGACCCUCGCUGGCACGGCCCCCCUCCCAGCCAGCUCUCUCUGGCCUUGCAGCAGGCCCUGGCUAAAGAGCUGAUGCGGGCCAAGCAGGGCCAAAUUCAGCAGGGUGGGCUGGCAUUUCGGCUCCUACAGGCCAUUGCGGCCCUGCUCACCUCUGCUCACGCAGGGCCUAUUGUCAUAUCAAUGCACCACAGCCAUGCCCUGUCCUGUCCUCUCAUGCGCCAACUUCACCUCUACCAGCGUCUUGUGUCCCAGGACAUGGCUUUCUCCUCACUUUUCCUUAAGGUCAUUGUUGAGAUGUUAAUCUGGUUAGACAACCCAACUGUGGAGGCAGGACCACUAAAGACUCUACUCAAAACCUUCGCUGGUCAGAACUCUCACAAACACAGGCACAAUGAUGUGCGUACAGGUUUCCUCCACCUGGCGGAGGCUUUGGCAUAUCGCAGAGAUAUUGAAGUGCCUCUGAUAGCCGUCAUUGCAAUGCUGAAAGCUGGAGACAGAUGCAAUGCAGAACCAGAGCUCAUUGGGAAAGUGUUACAAGGGCUGAUGGAGGUGAAGUCGCCGUAUUUGGAGGAGCUACUGUCUCUGUUGAUGACUGUUGGUACACAGAACGGGACCACUGGGCCUGUUGCCACGGUGAUUUCCUUGCUGCUUCAGGAAAGUGAGGAGCGAGCAGUGAAAAAGGAAGUGGAUUCUAACAACUCCGAGGUGACAAAGUCGGGACUGAGCUCUGGGCUGCUGGUUGAUUGGCUGGAGCAUCUCGACCCUGAGGUCACUUCAGUGUGUCCAGACCUUCAACAGAAACUGCUGUUUGCCCUCAACAAGGCAAGAGGAACCCCUGCCUACAGACCUUAUCUUUUGGCCUUGCUUACACAUCAGUCAAACUGGUCCACCAUCCUGCAGUGUAUCAGUGCUCUUCUCAGCAAGCGCAGAGACUACAAACUUGACCCAUCAUCAGCCCUGGAUUUCCUGUGGGCGUGCAGCCACAUCCCACGUAUCUGGCAAGGACGUGACCAGAAGAUUCCUCAAAAGAAAACGGAGAAGUUUGUGCUACGACUCAGUUCUCUGGAGCUCAUGAGCCUGGUGGACCUGAUCUUGUCAGAGUCGGAGCUCAACAGUCGCGACUCACCCCGCGAUGACAAAAGCAGCUUGGACCAGGCCUCCUGCUCCCUCAUCCAGUCCAGGCUGCCCCUCCUUCACUCCUACUGCAGUGGAGAGCUAGAAAACAUCAAGAAAGUCUCAGAGUACCUCAUCUACUGCACAAAGAAAUGGGAGGACAGUGGCAUGAGUAAGCGUUGCCAGAACUUGCUGCUGCAGAUCUAUCUGCACUUCCCUGAGGUCAUCCAGCACGUUACCCUGCCUGAAGGCACCUUCAGCAGUGGGGGGGCUGCAGACGGCAGCAGCUGCAAGCUUGAUGUCCUGGUGCAUCGCCUGGUCACACUGCUUGCUGAUAUAGGAGACUCAAAGUCUGUUGAGGGCCGUGUGUCUGAUGCCAACCUUGCAUGCAGGAAGCUGGCUGUGUCCCACCCUGUCCUUUUGCUCAGACACCUGCCUAUGAUUGCAGGUCUCUUGCACGGUCGCAUCCACCUAAACAUGCAGGAGUUUCGGCAGCAAAACCACAUGACGUUCUUUAGCAAUGUGCUCGUCAUCCUGGAGCUGCUGCAGCCGCUUGUUUUCCACAGCGACCACCGGAGGGCGCUUCAAGACUGCCUUCUGUCCUUUAUGAAGGUCCUUCAGAACUUCCAGAGGACUCGUUCUCCGUUGGUCUUCAUUAACAAGUUUUUGCAGUUCACACAGAAGUACAUCACCCACGAUGCAGCGGCCGCCAUUCCCUAUUUACAGAAGCACUCUGACAUCUUGCAGUGUCUGUGUGCAGAAAACCCAGACCUGGUUCAACUGAAAUCUCUGCUGGCUGGACUCACUUUGCCAAUGAAAAGGUCUUCUUCAGAGGUUACGCCAGAAGACAGAGAUGACGACUUGUCCACUGGUUCCCUGCCCCUAGUCAACAUAUCUGCCUCGGUUUCACUGAGUGCGGCUGACAUGACAAUGUACCUGAAAAAGAUGUCUAGAGGAGAGGCAGUCGAGGAUGUGUUGGAAGUGUUGACAGAGGUGGAUGAGAAAUCGAGGAGGAGUCCAGAGAUCAUCCAGUACUUCAUUAACGAUCUGCAGAGACUCAUGACAACAUCUGAGGAGUUGUGUAGAAACAUGGCCUUUAGUCUUGCCCUACGCUGCAUCCAGAAUAAUCCCUGCUUGGCAACAGACUUCCUGCCAACUUUCAUGUACUGUUUGGGCAGUGGUAACUUCGACGUGGUACAGACGGCUCUCAGGAAUCUUCCAGAAUAUGUGCUUCUCUGUCAAGAACACGCAGACAUCUUGCUCCACAAGGCAUUUUUAGUGGGUAUCUACGGACAAAUUGACACCAGUUCAAUGAUCUCAGAGUCCAUGAAGGUCCUUCACAUGGAAGCAACAACAUAACAACAAAGUGUACAACUCCACGUCCAAAUCAAAAUAGUGUCAUUAAUUUUCUGCAUUCCAGGGCUGAUUUUUUUUAUUUGCUUUGAGUUCAAACACUGCUUUAAUUUGAUAAUGAGACAUUAACGAACUCUGUGGCUCUUGAAUGGUACAGAUUAAAGGAUCCACCAGUGAGCUGGUAGCUACCAGUAAUGUAGUAACUUCUGGAUAAUUUAGUAACUUCAAAGAAUGCAUUACAAUUCCCUCUAAAUGAUUUGUAAAUGUAAUAAUUAAAACUGUGAAAUUGCUGUUAUUGUAAUAAUUCAAUUCAAUGAUAAAAGUUAAAGCCAGAAUUAGUACAUUUAGUACUACUUAUUUUUAAACUCAUGAUAAUGAUACAUUACCCAAUACUUAAAAAGAUAACAAGAAUUGGAAUAUUAUUAGGUGAUAUUAUUAUAAUCAGUUAAAGACAACACAAAAUAUACAAAAACUAUUAAAUAUUAUAAUAAACAUAUAAUUAUAAAAAAGGCUAAAGGUUUUUAAUUACAUUUUCAGACUUUUUUGUGGGAGUUUUUGCAGUUAUGAAAUUACUAAUAUACACUAUAACGAAGUGCAGAGCUCAACAUGUAUUUGGAAAAAAAUGGCACACUAGUUUGGGCUUGAUAUUUUCAAUAGUUUGAAUGUGAAACAUUGACAUUAUUAUACAAUUUAAAAAGCUGACUGUAUACGUCAUAGGUAGUUGUUUUUAAUAAACAACUAUUAAAAAAAGAAGCUUUUUGUAGAAGAAUAAGAAGUCAAAAUGACAAAAUAUGUUCUUGCCUGGAUGCAAUGUUAAUUCUGAAUUAUUUAAAUAACUCAGAAGAACUGGUCAUUUAUUUUUAAAUCACAAUGCUUACUGUUACCUGAACAAUAUCUAUGAGUCACCUUGAUGUGAACUGAAUAAAAAUAACUUUUGAAAUAUG